AUGAUCAACCAACCCAAAAAGGCACGGCCACGGCACUGGCGCGAGAGCUACGACGAGAAGUGUGAGCGGCGGCACGAGACGCGGGAGAACCUGCGGCACCGAAACAACGUGACGACCUGCCGCCGCCUCAGGCAGGGAACAGAGGAGCCGCCGCAAAGCCCCCGGCAAAGGGAGUUUCUGAGGAGGAGAAACCUGGUGAGCGAUGCUGGAAGGACACUGCCAGGACAGAAGCCCGAAGCACGCAUACCCCCAGACCCCUCCUCAUGGGUGGAACCGAGACCACCUGCCCUGCUUCAGGUAACAUCAGCCCCCAGAGCACAGGUCAAUGCUCUGCCUGCUCCAGCUAGCUCCCACUAA